UCCAAAAAAAAGUUCCCUCCCCUUCCCUUCCUCUCUUUGCUAUCAUGCGCACCUGCUUCGCCUCUUCAGUUGUGCGCCGCAUCACCUUGAUGCUAUGGUAUGAGAGCGUGAAGGCUAGAAAAUCGAGAACUCUGUGAAAAUUCAUUUAUUCUGUGGAGAAAGCGCGUGAGGUUUUGCGAGAAUGCCGGCGUUGGAGUUUUUGACGUGGGUUGGAUCGGAGAAGAGCGGGAGGAGAUUGAACGACAUCGUAGGGUUAACGCAGAGAGGUCGGAGAGAUAAGUUGAUUAGUUUGCAAUGGAGAAGCUGUUCGAGUCGGCAGAGACGAGUGUCUUUGGGGAUUUCAUCUCACUACUGUAAGGAUUCUAAAGCUCCUGCUGUGGAAUCGGGAAAUUUCUAUGCUUGUUUUGAUGGGAAUUGGUUGUUACAGAAGAAAGGGCAGGAGGUUGCCUCAAAUUUAAAUGGGCGCUGCAUAUUUCUGGUUGGAAUGAUGGGAUCCGGGAAAACAACGGUGGGCAAGAUCUUGUCAGAAGCGCUGGGAUAUUCUUUUGUUGACAGUGACACUUUUGUGGAGAAGGCUGUAGGUGGAACAUCUGUGUCUCAGAUCUUUAAUCAGUGUGGUGAGAAAUUCUUCAGAGAUUAUGAGAGUGAGGCAUUGCGGAAGUUGGCUUCAAUUCCCAAGCAAGUUGUUGCCACAGGUGGUGGUGCAGUGGUCCGCCCAAUCAACUGGAAAUAUAUGAAGCAGGGAGUCUCUGUCUUCUUGGAUGUACCUUUGGACGCAUUGGCAAGGAGAAUUGCUGCUGUAGGAACUGAUUCUCGCCCUCUUCUGCAUUUUGAAUCAGGCGAUGCUUACACAAAGGCUUUUGUUGGACUAUUUACCCUUUCAAAAAAGAGAACUGAGGCCUAUGCCAAUGCUGAUGCUACAGUCUCUCUUCAGCAUAUUGCUGCGAGGUUGGGUCUUGAAGACAUAUCUGAUAUCACGCCUGCUGCUAUAGCAAUGGAGGUACUGGUACAAAUCGAGAACUAUCUACAAGGCAAAAAUGGCACGUCGAUCGGAAUGUUCCCUUAGCACCGUUUAUAGUAUUUUGGUUCUCCUGUCUCUGUGGUGACUAUGUGCCUUUUUUUCUAUUUUUUUUUUUUUUCAUUUUUAUGGAAGGAUUCAUUUUCCACUACCAAGUCCCAAAGUAAGAACCAAAAAAUUUAGAGGGAGGUUCUUCUGGUAAGACAAGGCAUAGAAUGUACAGAUGAAAUAAAGGUCUCAAAUCUCAAAUAUCCAUAUAUACACAUAUGAUAAUAUUGAUUAUUAUUUUUAUUUAGAAUUAUGCA